AAACCCUGCAUCAAGCUGCUGCAGGCCGAGGCCACCCAAGAUCAACCACAUACCAUUCUUUUCUUAUUCGUAGGUUGAAUGAAAGAAAAUACUUUAUCAGAGGAUGGCCACUGCACAAUUGCACAGAACCUCCAUGAGUACGUUUGUACUUCCCAGUAAGAUAUCAACUGAGCAGCAGUCUUUAGUGUUAGUGAAGAGGCUUCUAGCAGUUUCAAUAUCCUGCAUCACGUAUUUGAGAGGAAUAUUCCCGGAAUGUGCUUAUGGAACAAGAUAUCUAUAUGAUAUGUGUGUCAGAAUUCUGAGAGAACAGAAGGAUUGUCCAGGAUCUACACAGUUAUUGAAGUGGAUGUCCGGAUGCUAUGAUGCUUUAGAGAAAAAAUAUCUAAGGUUGGUUGUUCUAGCUGUAUAUAGUAAUCCAGAAGACCCUCAGACAAUUUCAGAAUGUUACCAGUUUAAAUUCAAGUACACCAGUAAUGGACCAAUCAUGGACUUCAUAAGUAAAAACCAAAGCAGUGAAUCUAGUAUGUCAUCUGCUGACACCAAGAAAGCAAGUAUUCUUCUCAUUCGCAAGAUUUAUGUUCUAAUGCAAAAUCUGGGACCUUUACCUAAUGAUGUUUGUUUGACCAUGAAACUUUUUUACUACGAUGAAGUUACACCCCCAGGUUACCAGCCUCCUGGUUUUAAGGAUGGUAAUUGUGAAGGAGUGAUAUUUGAAGGGGAGCCUAUGUACUUAAAUGUGGGAGAAAUCCCAACACCUUUUCACACCUUCAAAGUAAAAGUGACCACUGACAAAGAACGAAUAGAAAAUAUUGAUUCAUCUGUAUUAACACCAAAACAAUUAAGAACACCACUUCAAAAAAUUCUUAUGGACAAAGAUGAUUUCAAAGAUGAACAGGAGCAUUACAUAAGUAAUGAUUUUGACAUUGAAACUAAAAUGGAAGAGCAGAAAAAAAACCCUGGAUCUUCUGAACUUGGAGAACCAGGUGUAGUUUGUGAAGAAGAUGAAGCUAUGAGGUCUAAAGAAAGUCCAGAUCUUUCAAUUUCUCAUUCUCAGGUUGAGCAGUUAGUCAGUAAAACAUCUGAACUUGAUGUGUCUCAAAGCAAAACAAGAAGUGGAAAAAUCUUUCAGAAUAAAAUGGCUAAUGGAAAUCAACAAGUAAAAUCUUCUAAGGAAAAUCGGAAGAGAAGUCAGCUUGAAUCUGCGAAAACAGUCCUUCAUCACCUUGAUUCUUCUAGUCAAGAGUCAGUGCCAAAAAGAAGAAAGCUUAGUGAACCAAAGAAAAAUACAUAAAAAAAUUUAUUUCUGGGCUUCCCUGGGGGCACAGUGGUUGAGAGUCCG